CCUCUGCCGUUGAGAUAAGAUAGUCCGCCCCCCGUAAGAAAAAGAAGCUCAAUUCCAUAUGGAUUUCCCAACACCUGCGGGAGCUAUCCCACGGCAGCUCCAACAACCAGAACAAUAUGUCAGAAACAUUCCAAAUCUCCCCGCCACUUAGUCAAGGCGUGGGAUAUGGUAUCAUUGUUGGCCUUGGAGCGACCUUUGCCAUCGGCAUGUCGGGCGUGUCGUGGUUUCUCGGCCGGUACAUGAACGAGGUGCAGGACUCGGAGAUGUUCAUGACCGCCAGGCACUCCGUCAAGGUUGGCCUGACUGCCUCGGCGGUUGUUUCGUCGUGGACCAUCGCCGCCACUUUGCUAACCUCCACCACCUACGGCUACUCCUACGGCGUCUCGGGACCUUACUGGUACGCAGCCGGAGCCUGUGUGCAGAUUCUCCUCUUCUCAGUCGCAGCCAUCGAGCUGAAACGCCGAGCUCCCAAUGCGCAGACUUUCCUUCAGGUCGCAAAGGUCCGCUAUGGCACCGCGGUCCACGUCAUGUUUUCCCUCUACUCGCUCGUAUACCAGCUGAUCUCCGCCGUCAACCUCCUCGUCGGCGGCUCCACCGUGUUCUCCGUCAUGACAGGCGUGGACCGCAAUGCCUGCUGCUUCCUAUUCCCCAUCGGGGUGGUCAUCUACACCCUCAUGGGAGGCAUCAAGGCCACCUUCGUCACUGACUGGGUACACACCAUGAUCAUCUACGUGAUCAUGCUGAUGUCUGUCUUCGUGGUCUACUCCACAUCAGACCUGGUAGGGUCUUCUGACAGGAUGUGGGAACUGCUUCGUGAAGCAUCAGCCCUCCACCCGGUGUCGGGCAACGCUGAAGGAUCGUACCUGACCAUGAAAAGCCCAGAGGGUGGGUACGUCGGUCUAGUCUUCGUCGGAGCUGGCUUCGCAGCUGCCGUUGAUUCCCAACUCUUCCAGAAAGCCAUCGCAGCCGAUCCUCGCAGCACCUCCGCCGGCUACAUCCUCGGAGGUCUCUCCUGGUUCACCAUCCCCUUCGUUCUCGCAUCAACAUACGGCAUUCUCGCCGCUGCAACAGAACAGCUCCCCCAAUGGCCCACCUACCCGAACACAAUGAAUGCCUACGAAGUCUCCUCCGGCAUGGCAAUGCCCUACGCGGCAUUAGCAGUAAUGGGAAAAGGCGGCGUCGUGGCGAUCAUGCUGAUGGUCUUCAUGGCCGUGACCUCCGCAAUGUCCUCCGAAACCGUCGCCACCACCGCCCUCCUCACCUACAACGUCUACCAAGCCUACAUCAACCCCACAGCGAGCGGCCGCCAACUCAUUCACUUCUCCAACUGGGUCGUCCCGAUAUUUGCCAUCGUCGCCGCCGGUGUGGCCGUCGGAUUUAACCACGCCGGCUUCAGCGUCUCGUUCCUGAUCACCGCCAUCGGUAUCUUCGUCGACUCCGCAAUCGUCCCCAUGGCAUGCACAAUCAUGUGGCGGAAACAAUCUAAGACCGCGGCGUUGAUCGCGCCCCUCGCCUCCUCUGCGGCAGGCAUCCUGGCUUGGAUCCUCAAAGCCUACACCGAAUACGGAACCAUCACUAUCACCACUCUCAGCGAGAACCCACCCCUCGUGGCCGGGAACAUGAUGUCGCUUUGUGGGCCACUGGUGCUUACUCCGCUGAUUACGUUCCUCGGCCCGGAGGACUUUGAUUGGGAGAUUCUCAAGACGCAGAUUAAAAGUGAUCAGCCGGAAUCGGAGGUUGAUAUCCAGCAUGAACUCGAGAACGAGAAGAUUCUUCUUACAGCGAGAAAUCGCUCAAUCGCGAUGAGCGUCUUCUUGACUUUGGCGUUUCUUAUCCUCUGGCCUAUCCCGAUGUAUGCGUCGGAGUAUGUGUUCUCAAAGGGCUUCUUCAAAGGUUGGGUUGUUGUCAUCUUUCUUUGGGCUUUCUUUGCCGCGGGAACGAUCACCCUGUUGCCUGUCUGGGAGGCGAGGGACUCGAUCAGAGCGUUUGUUAGACUGCUAACCGGGAAAAGGGUGAUUAACGGAGACGGUGCUCCAUACGCUGGUGAGGAUGGUGGCGAUGAUCUCGGGGAUCGGGCCAAUACUGAAUCCGAGAAAGGAUUCUCGAUGAGAGUGAAAGGGGAGGGUGCCUAA